AUGUGGCUGGGGCUGCCAGCGCUGCUCCUCGUCCUGGCUGUGGGCUGCCAGCCGCAGGAGGACACUCCCCGAGAGUCCCAUAGCAUCAACUGGGACAAGUUCUCAGGGUUCUGGUAUAUUCUGGCCAUUGCCACUGACACCCAGGGGCUCAUGCCGGUCAAGGAGCACACGAAGCUGGGGGCCCUGGUGCUGGCGGUGUGCCAGCGGGAUCAACUAAAGAUGACGCUUGCCCUGAGCAGGUCGCUGGGCUGCCAGGCCUGGGAGGUGACCCUGAAGAAGGACAGGAAGAAGGCUGUGUUCCGGAACAGCUUGAAGGGGGUCAAGGGCUUGCAUGUGCUGUUCACCGACUACGAGCAGGGCCUUGUCCAGCUGCGCCUGGGCCGCGGCAGCCGCACCUACAAGAGCCUACUGCUGCUCAGCCGGCGGCUGCUGUCCAGCUUCUGGACCCUGAAGCAGUUCCUGACCAUCUCGGACAUCCUGGGGCUUUCCAAGUCCUCCACCUUACUGCAGAAAGAUGGUGAGGGCCGACAGGGCGGCAGGGCUGGGAGCCUUAGCCUGGCGCUCUGGCCCUGA